UUUUUAAAGUUGUAUAUGAACAUUAUUUCUGAUUCAAUAUAUAGAUCAACCAAUCAGAUUUCUGUCAUCUCAAGCUAUGGUAUGUCUGUAUUUCAUGAUGAAGUAGAGAUUGAAGAUUUUGAAUAUGAUGAGGAAAAAGAUAUUUACUAUUAUCCAUGUCCUUGUGGUGAUCGAUUUGAAAUUUCUUCUGAAAUGCUUGCAGAUGGUGAAGAUGUCGCAACAUGUCCAAGUUGUUCACUUAUAAUCAAAGUUAUAUAUGAUGUGGAUGAUUUUAUGAAAGGUGAAGAAGUAGUCACAACUUCAAAGCGUUCUUUAGAAAAAGUUUAACUAGCUAAAUUUAUGCAUCGUAACAUCGUAAAAGUUUCGUAACAUUGUAAUAAAAACAGAUAAAAAAAUUUCAUGUAUACUUGUAUAAAUAUGCAAAUGGUGGUUAAUUCAUCUAAAAACUAGCUCUCUUAAUUAUUCUAUCUUCGUUACAUCUAUCGUCAUAAUCUAUCAUUGGUCUUUAGUUGCUAUUGAAAACCAAUCUAAACUUACUAGUGUCGAAAUGUUAUUGGCAACAACUACAAUUUGAACAUAAAAAUAAUUAUUUAUUGUUAAAGCAA